AUGGAUUUUGCAUCCGUCCUUGAAAUGACGGCCCUAGACUGGGUGCUUCUAGCUCUGCUAGUUGUGUUGUUUUGGAGAUGGUUGAGAAGGCGCGGAGAACCAGAGGUCACACAGCCGAAACCUCCUACAGUCAAGCCUCUACCGAAACAAGACAUGACACUACAAGAGCUUCGUAAAUACGAUGGAGUCCAGGAUGAACACAUACUUUUUGCAUUGAAUGGGACGAUCUACGACGUCUCACGCGGUCGCAACUUCUAUGGUCCAGGUGGUCCAUAUGGUGCCCUAGCGGGAAGGGAUGCAACGAGAGCUUUAUCCACGAUGGAUGUGAAGGAUGUAAGGGAUGAGUGGGACGACCACGAAGGUUUAACCACCGAUGAGAGAGAAACCGCUAAUGAAUGGGAAGCUUCGUUCAAAUACAAAUAUCCAACUGUUGGUAAACUCAUCAAGGACGGUGAAGUUCGUGUUGAUUACGCUGUAUGGUUGCAUGAAGUAUGUCCAUCGAUGGAGCACGCUUUGUUAGCGACACUCGAACAAAAAAGGAUCACUCAGCGUGCUAGGGACGAGAUGAGGUACAUCAACGACGCGUCAUGUGGUCUUCGAGCAGAUGAUAUGGACGAGGAGGAGGAGGACAGCGGAGAUGAUCACUAA